AUGGCGUCCGAUCUAGAGCAGCUGCUUGAGAUGGGCUUCGAUAAGGAACGAGCCGAGCUAGCGGUCACUAAGAAAGGUGGCCUGCAAGGAGCCCUGGAAUGGCUUGAGCAAAACCAGGACAAAUCACUUGAAGAGAUCAAGGCGCAAACUCAAGGAGAGGAGGAAGCCCCCGCGUUGAAGCCCGGCGAGGAACCCCGCAGCCUUGUCUGCAACGAGUGUGGCAAGAAGUUCCGAAGUCAAUCGCAGGCCGAAUUCCAUGCCUCCAAGUCCCAGCACGUCGAUUUCUCCGAGUCGACCGAAGAAAUCGCCCCGUUGACCGAAGACCAGAAGAAGGAGCGCCUGGAAGAAUUGCGGAGGAAGCUUGCAGAGAAGAAGGCUCUACAGUCAGAGCAAGAUAAAGUGGACCAAAAGAGAAACGAGGAAAUCCGACGAAAGAGCACCAAAGAGAGCCAGGAUGCGAAGGAGGAGCUACAGCGGAAACAAAUGAUGAAGGAGGCGGCUGCUAAGAAGAAGGAGAAGCAAGAGGAGAUCGAGGCUAAGAAGCGCAUCAGAGCUAAGAUCGAGGCAGACAAGGAGGAACGACGCCUUAAGGCUGAGCGAGAACGCGCAGAGCGGGCUGGAGUUGCUCCUCCUCCCCAGCCUACCGAGCCCUCCGGCCCUACCACGUCUGGCCCGGUGGCAUCAAAGCCUGCAUCUGCUUAUACCGAGACUCGUCUCCGAUUCCAAACCCCCGGUGGCAACAUCAUGAAGACUCUGCCGGUUGAGACAACUCUGUUCGAGGUGGCUGCGGCUUUGAAGUCGGAAGACGGAGUUGAGGUUCAAAGCUUCACCCAGAAUUUCCCCAGAAAGGUUUUCAAUUCAGAGUUCUUCGGGGAGACCCUGAAGGAGCUUGGACUUACUCCGAGUGCCAGCCUGAUUGUCCAAUGA